CGUAACAAGGAUUGAGAGAACAUAGCCCCAUAAACCCGAAAAUCAUAAAUGAACGGAGAAAGAUUAAUACAUAAACAACCUAUAUAUCAUUAAUUACUAAGGCCUAAUCAAAUAUCAAACUCUCUGUUUCUUGUACGUAAUACCAAAUUUGGAAAAAAUGAUAAAAUAGAGCAGACAAAACAAGAGAGUCACCUAAAACUGAGAUUGGCGACUUCAUAUCAUCACAUCACUAUAUUGAAUGCUUGAGCGACUGUUUUGUCUGUUAUGGCUUGAAACCCUUAGACAUUAUAAAAGACAAAGAUCUCUCUUUCCUUAAACACCAAAAAACAAAAUCAUGGACAAGACUGAUCAAACAGCUAUUGACGGCUCAGCUUUAGAGCUUAACCGCACUGAGAAAACGGUAGAGGCGGUCUUGCGAGUAGCAUCAAUGGCUCUAAGUAUUACGGGUCUCGUCAUCAUGAUCAAGAACUCUAUCUCCAACGACUUUGGCUCUCUUUCUUACUCAAAUCUUGGAGCUUUCAUGUAUUUGGUGGGUGCUAAUGGCGUUUGUGCUGCCUAUUCUCUUCUUUCUGCUCUCGCAAUAUUAGCCCUUCCGUGUCCAAUAAGCAAGGUCCAAGUCAGGACAUUAUUCUUGCUAGACCAGGUGGUCACAUACGUGGUUCUAGCGGCUGGGGCUGUAUCUGCAGAGACGGUUUACUUAGCAUACUAUGGAAACAUACCCAUCACUUGGAGCUCUGCUUGUGACUCCUAUGGAAUCUUCUGUCACAAGGCAUUGAUCUCGGUUGUGUUCACAUUCGUUGUCUCCCUUCUCUACAUGUUGCUCUCGCUUAUCUCUUCCUAUCGACUCUUCAGCAGAUUUGAAGCACCCUAAGCCGCGAAACCGAAGAACACAAAGGCAACAAGAGUGACAGAGGCAGAAAGAUAUAUGUCUUGUUUGGUUGAAGUGAAAGAGUACCUUGAAUAAAAGAGUAACUGAAUAUUAAGGUUUUUCGCUAAUUACAAUUUUCUCUCUAGAAUUGAAUAAUAUGAAUAAGAAGUUAAGA